AUGUUUGGGUUGAAUACAUGUAAAAUACACGAGAAACGUCGAGAACAGUUGAGAUGGGAAAUGGAAGAAUGGUGGGACGCCACAUAUGCUCAAAACGACAUCGAAAGUCGUGAUAUUUUUGAGAGGAAAUUUUUGAUCUUUCCUGUCUACAUGAAGACUCAUGCAUACGUGACAGUGGUCGUCAACUCCAACGCUCUUUUUCAGAAGAGAAGUGGAGGAACUGAGCCGUGCAAGAUUUUCCAUUUGGGUACUGGUCCCAUUAAAAGAUACGGUUUGAAGAUGACGAGUAAAUUCUUUGCCCUCCUCGAUUAUCACCGCAUGAAGCUCAACAAACCUCCAUUUGUCGGAAAAUCGUUUCAUUACAAGAAAGUGCAAGGUCUUGAGCCAUGGACCAUGAGAAGUAGGAAGAUGCAGCUUAUAUGGGCCGUCAACAUGAUGCUUCAGAAAGAACUACAACUUUCCACUGGUAGAGGAACUGGUGACUGGAGAAUUGUUACUUGCAUGUUUCUGCGAAGCAUUGAGCAAGACAUAGUGAAUUAUUCAACCAAAGAUGACAUGUUUGCAUUCUACAUUAUUAUGAGAAGGACAGUUUAUUUAAUAGCAUCAGUGGAAGAAUAUUGCUCAUGUACACCAAAGCGCACUAUUGAAAAAAUCAAUGAACUUCUUAGUUAA